AUGGCGGCCGCCGCGGUUUUAGGUGUGCUUUUUGCACUAACGGCAGUGAUGUUCAAUUUCUCCAUUCACAAAAUAGAUGAAGGUAAGAAUAAACAUUGGAGCACUUGUUCGGAUGUAAUUGGAUUUGUUUGCUUUUAUUUUGCAAGAAAUAAUUCUGCAACGAUAAACUUGUAAAGCGUUGCCACAAUUCACGCAAGCUUAAAAAACGAAAGGUCUGACUGAAAGCUGUGUUUUUCUCUUAAAAGAGAUUCUGGUAUUAACUUAAGCCUUUUUCUUAAGGUUUUCUUAGGUUUCAGAAAUGUUUUGAGUGAUUUACAAGUUUAACUUUAUUUCUUGCAAGAUGUUAGCUAGCCCGACCUAAACUAAAAACUGGCAUGGGCUAUUGCAUUUAAUAUAUUCUUGGCCCCCUGGUUAAGGAACUACGUUUUCUUCUAACGCCUGAAGAUUAAAUAAAAUUGCAUCCGCCCUUGAAGACUACCAUAAAAUAUGGGUCCUACCCCGAAGAAUUUCGUGAAAAUUAAAGCUUCACCCCCAAAGAAUUUCAUUUUUUUUUUUACUCUACCAUAUAAAGUAAUCCUCAUUUUUUUUUUUACCUUACCCUGGAAUAAUUCCAUGGUCCCUCGGGAGGUAUGGGUAUUAAAUGUAAUGGCCCAUUUCAGGGGCUCUGAUAUAGGCCUUGAAACAGCGACCUAAGUCUAGAUGAAAUGGUGACAGAUGAGAUAAAGAUGAGUCAAAUACUGUCAGGGGCGGGGGGAGGUGGGGACAAUACAUGGCCUAUUAUUUGAAAUUCAGACCUGGGAAAGACUCCCCCCUCCCCCCAAGAGGGUCUCCAUUAUGGACAGGUGAAAAUGAAGUGUUUAAACAGGUGGAUUAACCAACAGUAGGAUAAUUUGCAUAAUUUUGAUAUGCUAUGGUGCUAAAUCCAACAGAUGCAUUUUCAUCAAAGGAAUCCACUAAUAGUGCUUGCUAAAAGUUACUAUUUUUUAUAAACUUCAUUGAUUUUGGGCAGCCACACACAAAAAGGGAAUGAAUACAUAAGUAAUGUAAAAGAAAGAAAGAACAUUUCAAAAAAUUAAAGUCUAUCAUACUUGUAUACAAGGAAAAGUACACCGUCAGAAAGAGCUGCCUCUAACAAGUUAAUUUUAGAAUUAAUAAACACAGAUCUAGAGUUGCACAAAAAUAAAAUGUUUGGAUCACUGCAUAUUCCGGUGUGCAGAGAAAGCUAUUUAUUUGUUAUUUGUGUACUAAUAUUCAAUUUCUGCAAAAAAAAACUAACACUUUCAUCUUUUACUUGAAGGGCAUGUAGGAGUUUACUAUAGGGUAAGUAAUUAAACAACUUGCCUCGUUCAAAAAUUGGAUAGCGCUAUCCACCAGUUAAAUCGCUUUCCAGCAGAUAUAAUAGUAUGAAGACCAACUGCAUUAUCCAGUGGAAAUAGUGAUUUAUCCAGUGGAUAGCGCUAUCCACCUUUUGAACAACCGGAGCCCUGUGAGUAAAACAAUAAUAUUAUGUCCUUUAAAUGGAGCUGUAAUUAAAACUUGUUCACAGCACAAAUUUGCCCAUUUCUGAUGAAAUCCUAUCUUUCUGUGGGUGGAUGUGAUGAAUGUACAGAUCAAAUAUUUUCAAGACUUUUACUUUGUAGCCAAAGAUUUGCAUAGUAUUUAAAAGGUAAAAGACAGCAUAUGUAAACUAAUGUGCGUUCUGGUUUUUAAUGACUUACUGCAUGUGGUACAACAAAAGUUAAUGUUGUGCCUUGCAACAGUUUCAGUCAUUGAAUGAGAAGUCACAGAAACUACAUGUAUUGAAGAAGAAAGAUCAAGAUGUUUACUUUAACUCACUUUAUGGUACAGUUGAACCUCUCUGCAACGGCCACCUUGGGGACAGAAGAAAGUGGCCAUUGUGGAGAGGUUGAAACAAGAGUGAAUGUAUGGACUGUCCGCCAAAAAAUGGCCGUUGUAAAGAGGUGGCCAUUUUGUUGAGGUGGCCAUUAGUAGAGGUUUGACUGUAUAAGAUUUUAUGGUGUACAGGGCUACAAAAAACUUAUUUCCAAUUGUUCAGGGUUAGCUGUAAGUGAGAUAGAUUUUCCUGUAGGGCAACUAGAUACAAAUCUGAACAUAAAAACAAUGUUUUAAGAGCUACAUGUAUGACAUGGGAAAUACAGCAACACUUAAAAGACUUAUUAUUUUAUGUCUUGUGUCAUUCCAGGGUGGUGCCUUGCUUUCUUCAACAAGUGGGCCAGGUUAUCAUAUCAUGAUUCCAUUUCUCACAUCAUACCGAUCAGUUCAAACUACAUUACAAACUGAUGAAGUUAAGAAUGUUCCAUGUGGAACAAGGUGGGUAAUGUGGGUAAAAUCUUUUUUUUUCAGGUUGAACAGUGUCUAACCUACUUUGAUGUAGAAUUUUCUGUGUAUCCUGACUCUAAUUAUUUGUAGAAGACAAAGGAAAUUAACGUUUAACCUGAGAAUGACUGUAACUUGCAGCAGAAAUACACGUAGAAUCAAGUGCAUGAAAUGAGUUGGUUUGAGGCGGGCUAUGAAUCCUGCUGUUGGUACUAUGCUUUAUAAGUUGUAUUAAGAUGGAAUACACCGCAAAAGUGAGCAUUUUCCUUGUACCCAGCAUAUUUAAACAAUAUUGUAUGCUUUGUUUACACUUUUCAAGGGCUAUAUAUGUUAUUAAUUAGUUAUUUGGAAUAACACCAAAGACAAAUUAUCAUGGGGGCCCGAGAAAAUGAAUGUCAAAUUUCAAAAGAAUUGUAAAAACACAGUUAAAUUCUGAAAAUUUCAUGUGUAAGAUGUCAUUUUGUGAAACUGACAUUUUUCUCAAGCUCCAAUGAGAAAUUUUCUUUGAUGUUAUUACAGAUCUAACUAAUUACAUCUAUAGCCCUUGAAAAAUUUAAAAAAGAAUGCAAUAUACUUUAAAUUAUUCUGGUACAAGGUUUUUGUUCACUGAAAAUUAAAAUUACUCAAUUUCCUGAUGGAUUCCAUCUUAAUACUUCACAACCUUUCCUUUCUCUCCAGUGGUGGUGUUGUUAUUUACUUUGAUCGCAUUGAAGUUGUUAAUAUUUUGGAUUCUUCUUCAGGUAAGGUAAAUCUGAUGAAAUAAUACCACUUGUCCAUACUUAACCAUUGCUUUCUUCUUCAAAGUUGAGCAGCACCUUUUGACUAGAAUUAUUAUUAAAAAUAUGCUAAUAUUCAAAGGUUCACUUUUGAGAAGGGUGACAAAGUUAGCUACGCUUAGCCCAGUUUUUUUCUAGUCAAGUCUGAUUCAAAAUACAUAAAUAGACAAUGUUAGCACUUGUCCUCACAAAUAUUAAUUAUUCAAAAUCAAACAAGAAAUAAAUAUAUGAAACCAAAAAUACAAUGAUGGCUGAAGUCUUUGUUAUUGGUUUACAGUCACGUAAACCACUACUAAUUGCACUUGCAGUACAAUACUUUGUAAACUUUGAAAGCAGCAUGUCUUGUACAGAAAAUACAGUGUAUAUUUAACAUUAUAAAGCAAUGCAAAAUGAUCAUCAGAUACAAACAAACAAACAAACAAGGACCAUCUGGUUUGAGAGCCUUGCAUUCAAUAUUGAAAUCUAAUAAUACUUAGUUGGCUCUCUGAAAUGAUUGGGUUUACAUGGGCUGCCAGUGUUGUCAAAAGUAGCCAGCUGCCAGCCAAAAUCACCGCUUACUUGGCUGGGUACUCUGCUUGACAUUCCUUUACAGAUGGUGUUUUUCAAAUAAAAUAUUCCUGGACUGGCCGCUUACUUUGACAACUCAGCUGUCUAAUUCAAAACUUUCUGACAACCCUGAUUUCUUAGCAGUUUUCCAUCCCUUUUGCAGUGUUUGACAUUGUGAAAAAUUACACAGCUGACUAUGAUAAAGCUUUGAUUUUUAACAAGAUACAUCAUGAACUUAAUCAGGUAUGUUUUUUAAAAUGCCUUGCCAUAUUAUUGUUGUGGACUUUUACCACUGUGGGUUAAAUAAUUUCAUUUUACCUUUUUGACUCAAUAAAUCAUCUUAAAAGCAGAUUCAUGGACAGCUUAUAAAUAACAAAAAUGUUACAAGUCAAGAUGAAAUUCAGGUUAAAUUUUUUUAACCUGGGUUAAUUCUCAAUUUCCUGUAGGCCUGUUUACACGUUAAAAGAGAAGGAACGGCUCGGUUAGAAACAAGUACCGGUUCCAGACCAAAUCUCCUAUUUACACAUACAAAUUCAGUAAUGUGGGCACGCAGGCUAAACAACUGACGUGGAGCACCAUAGCUCAGAAAAAACAUAACAGAACGGUACUGAAAAAAGAGUGAGCUUUUACACGUUGAAAAGAAAACAAAAAUGUGGAUAAGGAACCGUUUUUUAUCGGUUCCAUUCCGAAAGGGGUCCAUAGCCGCCCAUGGACCUUUUAAGGAAGGGAACGGAUAAAACUGGAACAGGUCAAGUACCGUUUACACGUCAAAUUUUGUCGGAGCCGUUCGUUUUUUAUCCCAGCCAUUCCAAUUUUUUCGGCCGUGUAAACAGGCCUUUUGUCUCCUAGCCCUAAUUGAAUAAUAAUGGUUUUACUUAGGAGACAAGGGAAAUAGAGAAUCAACCCAGGUUAAAAAAAUUUGACCUGAAUUUCAUUUUCACCUGUAACAUAUAUUUAUUUACAGUAAUAAAUUAUUAUAAAGCAAAAGAAUAUUAGAUUGAUCCUUUAACUGCCUUGAACCACACUGAUAAAUGAGUACAAACUGAAUGUGAAAAAAAAAACCCUGCCAUCUCUGUGAAAGAGAAAGAAGUAGAAAAUAAAUGCAGGAAUAUGAACCAGAAGAUAAAGGAAAAGUGUUUUUAUUGUCAAACUUGCGGAGCAAAACAAACCAAACAAUUUCUUGGCACCUUUGUUGCAUUUUACAUUUUUGUUGUAUCUAGAUAGUUUUAUCAUUUAAUUUUUCUGCAAUUUUAGUAUAUUUCUGCUUCUCUAAUGGAAGUAACCCUACACUGAUAUUGUAAGAUGUAUACAGGUAUCAACACUUGGUAUAGUCCUUUGUGAUGUCUUCCAGUGUGUUUAUCCAUUUGAAAAGUGCUUGACUUGCACUGUGUGUGUAUUCUUCCAUUUUAUAGUUUUGCAGUGCACACACCCUUCAAGAAGUCUACAUUGACCUAUUUGGUGGGUAUUUUCAGGAUUAAUGCAUCUAGAAUUGUACAUAUAAGUUUUAAUGAUAAAUGUUUUCAACUGAUGUUUUGUGGUAAAAAAAUCUUGAGAACUCCAAAAGUGUUGGAGACAAAAUUGAAUCAUUAUUAUUGUUGUAAUAAUAAUUUAAGUAAUAAAUUGAGAAAACUUAUUUUUGUCAUUCCGAUUGUUAAUUUCAUUUUUGACUUGAUUAAGACAUGAUUCAGGUUUGAAACAUCACCACAAAUUUUCUUCUCAUUUUUCUACAUUAAACAGUUUUACUGUGUUUUUUGUUUAGUGAACUGUAGCAUCAUAGCUAACUUUUGCAUGUUAUAUGUCGUUUAAAAGAUCAAAUUGAUGAAAACCUGAAGACUGCCCUUCAGUUAGAUUUGCUUGUAAUGUCUCCAGGCCUGAGAGUUCAGGUGAGAUGCCAGUUUUUAAUAUAUUUUACUGUCCAUUUUGACAUUCCUCUGAUGUCAAAAAUACUUACAUGUAUGUGCUGUGAAUUGUAAUUAACAAUUAUUCCACAAGUGCACAUUGGAUAUGAGAUGGUGAGUUGGCUAUAAUCAUCUCAUAUCCAACAAGGGUGAGUGGAGUAAUUGUUUCAUUAAAAUGCCCACAAAAUAUUGAGAAUUCUUCCCGACUUUAUUUGUAAAAACAACCUAUUAUCAGCUUGUUUUUGAUUUUGAGCAGACACGCACAGUUACCGUAUUUGCAGAGCAUGGUAUGAUGGCUCUUAUUAUUCAUUCAAAAUAUUUCCCCAAUUCUGAUUGGCUAAAAGCACACGCAUAAUUCACCAUAACCAGUUACUGAUGACAAAAUUUGGGAGAAUUUUGUGUUUAACGAGGAAAUGACGUCAAAAAUGCAGCCUUCUACAGGUUAAUGCACCGUUAACUGAGAAGACCUGGGGAUGAGGUUGAGUUGUUUUUGUUGUGAAACUAAAAUGGCAGAUACUUCACUCGUUUCAAGAGUAAGAACUACUGCUGGAACUAGGCAAAAUAAUUGCUGAAAACAUAGCAAAAACAGCAAGAAGACAAUUCGGAGGGCAACAUCUGCUAUUUGGAGAAUAUUAUUUUGCAGAGCUGGACAAACCUAAAUUUACGCUAUCGAAGAUAAACUUAACAUUGAUGCAGGUAAACAUGUUUUAGCUAUGUUUUUAAACUAGGAAUUAUUUUGAAUGAAUAACAAAGCAAUUAAUGAAUUCGGCUUUGGUAGGAUAUGAAGAAUUAAGCAGAUCUCGGAGGGUGUUAUCCACCUCGGCCUUCAUCCUCUGUGGAUAACACCCUCCUCGAUCUGCUUAAUUCUUCAUAUCCUACUCAGCCUCAUUCAUUAAUUGGUAAAUAUACCAUGAUAAAUAAGCCCAUCCAAGCUCUAGAAUUUCAUUAUCCAAUGGUUCAGUUUUUAAUAGUAUGGUUUAUGACUUGCACACAGGCUGUGAGAGUGACCAAACCCAAGAUACCUGAGAGUAUCAGGCGUAACUAUGAAGCAAUGUAAGUGUGAUCUGAUGGCAUCUUCAUGCGAUGAAAUAAAGUUAUUUAAAUUAAAGAUGUCUUUUCAGGUGUCCAAAAGAACAGUGAUUUUGUUGUUACCUUUGCAUCCUGUGUCACUGGUGCAUAAAAAUCCCCAAAGACACAAACUAAUUUGUGUCAUGUAUCCCAUAGGAUGCAAAGAUUGAUUGAUCUAAAGAUGUUUUUUGUAGAAUAUCCUUUUUGUUCAAUUUUUGUGGUUGUUCUUGUGGCUGUUGUUAAAUGACGCUUAUUUCUUUUAGUCUUUGUUGUGCUUUACAAUUAUAUAGAAGGAGUAUAUUUUUGUUUUAGUAUUAAAAACUGCAAUAAUAGAUCGUCUUCACGGUCACGCAACAAACAAAAUAAAUUGGAAACCGUCCAGUGGAAGGAGCCAAGAAAAUGACAUGUUAUAAAAGACUAUACAUGAACAAUUUGUCCAUGUCUCAGGUCUUUGUGGCCGACAGUUUCUGAGUUAUUUGCCGAAACUUUUCAAACACCUUUGUAGAGCCUUGUAUGGAGACGCCAUAUUGGUGUUCCGUUUGGGUGCACCAAUAUGGCCGCUGGAAAUAAAAACAUUUGGAGUUCACUUUUUCUAUAAAAGCUCUUUCUUUUCACACGAGAACUAGCAUAUGUGUGCAUAAACAUACCUUCUAAUACUUGAAAUGGUUGUAUGGCUGAAAAUCAAGAGGAGAGACUUUUUUUCUAUGAGACAGCCUUCCUAUUUUGGUGUCACGCACUGUAAAAAAUAUAUUUAUAUAUUUCUGUGUCACGCACUGUAAAAACUCGUUUAAACUGCUGUAUUUUCGAAUUGAAACAUGCCACGGGAGUGGAAACUUGUACAAAGAUUUACUUUUUGUUUAUUCGUAAAACCUCGCUAUUUUGACUUUACAAUUUGGUGACAUCACUGUGAAAUCCAUCAAUACAGAGUUUUGGAGUCUGUUCUCAGAUUAACUGUGUGGUUACAAGCUGUUACAAUAGACCAGGGACUCGUUAUUUUUGAACUGGGACUCAGUGGUUCUGGACUAGGACUCAUGAGUUUUCACAAGAUGAGUCCCAGAACUCACCAUAACUAUUUGUAACAAAGUCACUGAAAGAAUCUCUCACACUGUACAAUAAAUGCAUGGGAAUGUAAUGACUGUAAUUUCUCAAUUUGCUUUGUCUCCUAGCCUUAGAUAUUCAUGAAUUAGGGCCUGUUAGGAAGUAAAGGGGAAUUGAGAAUCAGCCUGGGUUAAAAAAUUUGUUUCUGACCUGUAACAAGACUUAAAAGGUCAAAAUAUACAAAAACGUUGUACGUGGCAAAUUGUACAGCAAAAGUGGUUUGUUUCUUCCAAGACUGAAUUUGAAUGACAGUUCAUCAAAUUCUGUAUGUUUUAGUAGGAUGAGGGAUGAGUAAUGUUUUGCUGUUCAGCUAUUAUUUUGGAUAUGAACAGAUGAAGCCACCUGUACCUCAAUGCUGGUAAAAAGUAAUGUAGGAAUUACAUGUACCAGCUGGAAAAUAUUUUUCUUUCUUCAAAGGGAAGGGGAAAAAACAAAACUGUUGAUUGCCCAGCAGAAGCAAAAAGUGGUUGAGAAGGAAGCGGAGACGGAGCGAAAGAAGGCGGUUAUUGGUAGGAGUCCUUACCUACUAAAUUUUUUAAACAAACUGUAGUAAAUUUGGGUUUAAACUCUGGCCUUCUAAAUCAUUCUCAAAUACACUAUCAAAUGCUGGACCAAAUUGGAGCCAGAUUUUUCACGUUAACUGGUUUCCGUUUAAAACGUUUAGUUUAAGUAACAAUAACUUUGUCGCAUUUGUUUCCUUUCGAUAAGGUGCAUGUAAAGUGCGGAAAGGUUUUUUCUGGCCUUUUCACUUCCUCAGCCCCGGGAAAUGACUGCGGUGCGGGCUAUAACUUUCACUGAGACAAAAAUUCGAAUUUUCCAUAUAUAUUUUUUUCCUCUCAUUUUAGAGGCGGAGAAGGCAGCUCAGGUGUCAAAAAUUCAAUUUGAUCAGAAAAUUAUGGAGAAAGAAAGUCUGAGAAAAAUGUCGGAAAUUGAAGGUGAGUUGUGUUCUUGGUUUGACGUCAUAGCGUCGGACAAUUCAAACAGAGAUGCUCGCGUAAACAAGUUGAAAGAGAUUUAGAAUUGUGUUCACAGCAAACGGCAAACGCGAGAUUCAUGUUGGCAUUUUCUCUACUUAGGAGAUGAGCAGGCAAAAAAAUGCCCAAUGAAACCUACUGUAAUUAACUGUAGAUGGCAAGUUAGAGGAAACUUGUUCACGUGGUUCAAUUUGCCACUUUCUGAAUCUCUUUAAUCUCUAGAUCAUUUCAUAUAGAGAAAAUUACACAUUGUAGUCGUACAUUCCUCGCCCACCGUCAUCAAAGAUCAAAUGCAAAAACAGUUUCCGUUUUAUUUCAUUACUUUAAAAAACGCUACACUGAGGACCAAUCAAUCAGGUAAAUUAUUUAAAAAUUUAAUGAUUUUAAGGCACUCUUUUAACAUUUUCUUUGCCUUGUCUUGAUUUAUUUAUGAUUUUUUCAUAUCGUUUAACAGAUGGUGCUCAUCUUGCAAGGAUGAAAUCUCGGGCUGAUGCAGAAUACUACACCGCAGUAAAACUUGCAGAGGCAAACAAGGUAUACGUAUAAACAACAAAGUUUUUUUUUCGACGACCCUGGUGCAAAGCAGUUCCUGGCAUGAAUGCCAGACUAAUGCGGGUAGCUUCUCUACGAAAACACAAACUUUCGAAAACUGCAGUUGGGUUCCCGGGAGAAGGUAGAUAUGCAAGCUAAACGGAUUUUGUUGUAAACAAAAGCUACAGGAAGAACUGGUGGCGUUUUCUGCGUUCCAAAUCUUAUUGCUAGAUUAUUUUUAUCUGAAAUGAUUCACUCCUUCCAUCAAACGUCAAAUAACCAGUCCAAUAGCAAAGCGGGACUCGCAACGCUUUCUUGUACAUCAGUCCGCCAUUUUGCCUUUUUGUAGUGCAGACGACGAAAACCUUUUUUUGAUUGGGCUGUGCCACAGGAAGCCCAAUUACAAGGUUACAUCUCGCACAGUACCUUCAUUAGCAGCUUUUUUCCCCCGAGAACGGUGUAGUUGCCAAAUUUGUGAGUCCAGCGAAAUUGACGUUUUUAGUGAAAUGCAGUACACAGAUGACCUUUGUACCAGAAAAUGUUGCAAAUUCGAAAACAACAAGCAAUAAGUCUCUUUCCUUUUCUACCAUUAAUACCUUAUGUUACCCAUGUAACAUCAAGCCUCCUCUAGGACUAGAAUCAUCCAUACGUUAUACGUUAGAUGUUUUGUUUCUCAGUAGUGUGACAGUAACUGAUGUCUGUAACUGAGCUUACUCAUUAUGUUAUGUACCUCUUUUUCAGCUUAAACUUACACCCGAGUAUCUCGAGCUGAUGAAAUUAAAUGCUGUUACCUCAAACUUAAAGAUAUUUUUUGGCCCUAACAUACCGAGUGUAUUUAUGGACAGCAAAUAUUUUAGUCAGUCCACUAGCGUCAAGUCCACCGUCAAAGAUAAGAAAGCAGAGGUAGGU